AUGGGGAUCAUAGAGAAGAUUAAAGAAAUUGAAGCCGAGAUGGCUCGCACCCAGAAAAACAAAGCCACAGAGUAUCAUCUUGGUCAGCUCAAGGCAAAGAUAGCGAAGCUGCGGACACAAUUAUUGGAGCCUCCUAAGGGUUCUAGUGGAGGUGGAGAUGGUUUUGAAGUUACAAAAUUUGGCCAUGGUCGUGUUGCACUAAUUGGAUUUCCAAGUGUGGGGAAAUCAACACUUUUAACAAUGUUAACAGGCACACAUUCAGAAGCUGCAUCAUAUGAGUUCACAACACUUACCUGUAUUCCUGGGAUUAUACAUUAUAACGAUACCAAAAUUCAGCUACUUGACCUUCCUGGGAUUAUUGAAGGCGCUUCUGAAGGAAAAGGACGUGGGAGACAGGUUAUUGCUGUUUCCAAGUCUUCAGACAUAGUGUUGAUGGUUCUUGAUGCCUCAAAAAGUGAGGGUCAUCGACAAAUAUUAACGAAGGAACUGGAAGCUGUGGGUUUGCGCUUAAACAAGAGACCACCUCACAUUUAUUUCAAGAAGAAAAAAACGGGGGGCAUCUCUUUCAACAGCACUUUGCCUCUAACUCAUGUAGAUGAGAAGCUUUGUUAUCAGAUUCUACAUGAAUACAAAAUUCACAAUGCAGAGGUGCUAUUUCGCGAGGAUGCAACAGUGGAUGAUCUUAUAGAUGUGAUUGAGGGUAAUCGUAAAUACAUGAAGUGCAUAUAUGUCUAUAACAAGAUAGAUGUUAUAGGUAUUGAUGACGUGGACAAGUUAGCUCGCCAGCCAAACUCUGUUGUCAUUAGCUGCAACUUAAAGCUCAACUUGGACAGACUACUUGCAAAAAUGUGGGAAGAAAUGGGGCUUGUGAGAGUCUACACAAAACCACAAGGCCAGCAACCUGAUUUUACUGAUCCUGUAGUCCUUUCAGCUGAUAGAGGCGGGUGUUCGGUUGAAGACUUCUGCAAUCACAUACACAGAAAUUUAAUUAAGGAUGUGAAGUAUGUGCUAGUGUGGGGUACAAGUGCAAGGCACUACCCACAGCACUGUGGCCUUGGCCAUGUUCUCCAAGAUGAGGAUGUGGUUCAGAUUGUUAAGAAAAAGGAAAAGGAUGAUGGAGGAGGAAGGGGUCGGUUCAAAUCACAUUCAACAGCUCCUGCCCGCAUAUCUGAUCGAGAGAAGAAAGCUCCAUUGAAGACAUAG